AUAGAUUUGGACGGACAGUUUGUAGGGCGGACUCAGAUGAAGACGGUCAAACUAACGGUGAAGAACUGGGUGAUCCAAACUGCACUUGAAGCAUGGGGUUAACACCUGAAAGAAGCAUUGGAAUUUCGCAUCCAGGUAUCUGCGAACCAUACGAUAGCCCGGAGUGUUUGGAGAUGAACGCUUUCCUAAAUUGUUCUGCAACGGUGUUUCAAUGCAAUGCCCUUGACAACAAUGAUACAGAUACAUUUCCCUUCAACGUAAGCCUUACAACAUCCUCUGUUCCGGUUGAAGAGAUGACGUACAUGUGCCAGGUUUUAGACCUUCCAUCUGACAAGGACUAUCAUUUAGUAGCCAGCGAACCUUUAAUUGACAAUAUUAAUGUUAUGCAUCAUGCACUUAUCUACGGUUGUUCUGACUAUGCAAAGAUCGAGCCAAGUCACCUUUCGCCGUAUCAGUGCUUUAUGAACACGAUUAAUGGUUGUAAUGAGCUAAUAGCUAUCUGGACAGUAGGGUCCAUGGGAAUAUGCUACCAUGAAAACGCUGGGUUUAGAAUUGGAAAGACCGGGUACAAGAAGGCAGUGAUAGAGUUACACUGGAAUAACCCAAUGAAGACAAACACCUAUACUGAUGGAUCAGGACUAACUAUUUACCUGAUGCCCAAUCUCAGAACUUACGAUGCUGGGAUGUUUGCGAUUGGACAAAUGCAGCUAGAAAUUCCCCCUGGAAAAAUGCGGCACACCGAAAACUCCACAUGUAGCUCAAAAUGCACUAUACAGAGCAUGACAGGCAAUAUAAACAUAGUUGGAGCACUCAAUCAUAUGCAUUACCUAGGUUCAGCCGCCACGUCUCAGAUGGUGUCAGAAGAUGGGGAAGUGAUCAUUUUAUCUCGUGAAGAAGUCUACAACUACGAUUCCCCAAAAUUUGUUGUUUUUGACGAUCCGCUGGUCAUGGAGCCUGGGUAUAAAUUGCAGCUUAAGUGUCACUAUAGAUCAACGUUACAGAGCGAGACGACGUACUACGGGCAGGGUACCUAAGACUAAAUGUGUUUUGCUUUGAUUAUGUAUUACCCAAAAACUAACUGGACUGCUCAGGGCUGUACGUCAAAUGGGGUGUUUGACUCUUGUGGUGUUGCUACGACAGGACAGGGCAACUGUGAUGUUGAUGAACUCGGCAAUGCUACUCACCCUGUAACAGCGAGAAGAAAUGAGCGUCUCUAUGGUAACUGUGAACCGGGUAUUUGCAAAGAAGGAUGCUUGGAUGUAGUACGCGACAUUUUCAAGGAACCGUGUUUUCAGGGACAGACUCUUAUAGCUAUUAAGGAGUUCAUGAAUUCUGAUGAUGUCGGAACAAGAUUGGGCAUCAUGGACUAUUUCUAUCGUAUAGAUUCAUGCAACGCUGAACUUGCAAGAGAGCAAUGUAGCAAAUGGCCGCCGAAACCUCCUGUAGGUGGCGCUGUUAGUGAAAAUAUGACGUCAUCCGCUUUACUUGUAUUUUUCGCAAUUUUCCUUUCUUACAUGUAACCCCAACAUAGCAGAUAUUAGCUUAUUUCACAUUUAAAUAGAGAUAUGUGAUGUUUUUAUUUUUUAUUUUUUUUUACAUUUUGAUCAGUUAGUUUAAAACAUUGAAGAAUAUUACAGUAUUUAAUCGGAAAAAAAUGUGCUACAAACCCUGUUAUCUAGCCGAAAUACAAAACAAUCAUCACGCGUGUUGUUUUAGUAAGGACCAGUGUUAUAAUACGCCCCUAUGUAAAAUAUCAAAUUAUAAAACAUUUUACUGUUUGAAGAUGCAGAUAGAAAUAUCUGGCUCGAGAGUAACUGUUAAGGCGGUAAUGAGGCUUUGCCGAGUUCCCUCAAAACAGUUACCUGUAAGCCAGGUAUGUCCAUCCGCACCUUUCCCGGUAACAUACUUUUUUCUUGCAUACAGUAUUCUCCAUUAUAAACCAUUUUACUGUUUGAAGAUGCAGAUAGAAAUAUCUGACUCGAGAGUAACUGUUAAGGCGGUAAUGAGGCUUUGCCGAGUUCCCUCAAAACAGUUACCUGUAAGCCAUGUAUGUCCAUCCGCACCUUUCCCCGGUAACAUACUUUUUCCUUGCAUACAUUAUUCUCUAUUAAUUAAGUUAUUAAAUGAAUGAUUUUUAUUUAAGCACUAUUUUAUAACUGUAGCGUAUGAAUUUACGGACUCAUUUAUAAAUUACAUCACGAGAGUAAAACAAAAACCUGAAAAAUCUUGUUUGGGAUACAAGAAAUGAUAUUGCUUAACCAAAUAUGUGUGGUAUAUGAUCUGUAUGUUCCUAACACGUAGAAAUAGUAGCAUUUAGUAUUUGAUUCGCUAUUUUUGUAACACAGAUUUUCAAAUUACUUCUUUUCAUAUUUCAGAAAGCACAUAUGAAUUAUACAUCACUCUAAAGGUCUCGAGUGAUCGUUGUAGAAGUUUCUGUAUUUUGAAGAUAUCUCUGAUUGUUUAAAUACUAUAAGAAAAAUAUAAUUUCCGUACGAAAUGGGUUUUAAAGUCAAGCCUUCAAGUUUCAAAAAAAUCAUCUUUUGAAUGAGACCUGCCCCCCAAAAUAGUUAAAAGUGGACGUUUUUAUAAAUUUUCUACAGUGAAAAGGAUAAUAAAGCAUACAAACGAUAA